AUGAGGCUAGCGCGGCUGCUUCGCGGAGCCACCUCGGCCGGCCCGGGCCCCGGGCUGCGCGCCGCCGGCCCUAGCGUCAGCCGCAGCCUCACCUCGGACUCGGGCUCCGGCCCGGCGCCCGAACGCGGCGUUCCCGGCCAAGUGGACUUCUACGCGCGCUUCUCGCCAUCCCCCCUCUCCAUGAAGCAGUUCCUGGACUUCGGAUCUGUGAAUGCUUGUGAAAAGACCUCAUUUAUGUUUCUGCGGCAAGAGCUGCCUGUGAGAUUGGCAAAUAUAAUGAAAGAAAUAAGUCUUCUUCCAGAUAAUCUUCUCAGGACACCAUCAGUUCAGUUGGUACAGAGCUGGUAUAUCCAGAGUCUUCAAGAGCUUCUUGAGUUUAAGGACAAAAGUGCUGAAGAUGCUAAAACUAUUUAUGACUUUACAGACACUGUGAUACGGAUCAGGAACCGACACAAUGACGUGAUACCCACAAUGGCUGAAGGUGUGGUUGAAUACAAGGAGAGCUUCGGGGUGGAUCCUGUCACCAGCCAGAAUGUUCAAUAUUUUUUGGAUCGUUUCUACAUGAGUCGAAUUUCAAUUAGAAUGUUACUUAAUCAGCACUCUUUAUUAUUUGGUGGAAAAGGCAAAGGAAGCCUAUCUCAUCGCAAACACGUUGGAAGUAUAAAUCCAAACUGCAAUGUGGUUGAAGUUAUUAAAGAUGGCUAUGAAAAUGCUAGGCGUCUGUGUGAUUUGUAUUAUAUUAACUCUCCCGAACUAGAACUUGAAGAACUAAAUGCAAAAUCACCAGGACAGCCAAUACAAGUGGUUUAUGUACCAUCCCAUCUCUAUCACAUGGUGUUUGAACUUUUCAAGAAUGCAAUGAGAGCAACGAUGGAGCAUCAUGCUGACAAAGGUGUUUAUCCGCCUAUUCAGGUCCACGUCACACUGGGUAAAGAGGAUUUGACUGUGAAGAUGAGUGACCGAGGAGGUGGUGUUCCUCUGAGGAAGAUUGACCGACUCUUUAACUACAUGUACUCCACUGCGCCCCGGCCUCGCAUGGAGACGUCCCGAGCGGUGCCCCUGGCUGGUUUUGGUUAUGGAUUGCCCAUAUCACGCCUUUAUGCGCAGUAUUUCCAAGGAGACCUAAAGCUCUAUUCCCUAGAGGGCUAUGGGACAGAUGCAGUCAUUUACAUUAAGGCUCUGUCAACAGAAUCAAUAGAAAGACUCCCGGUGUAUAACAAAGCUGCCUGGAAGCAUUACAACACCAACCACGAGGCUGACGACUGGUGUGUCCCCAGCCGAGAACCAAAAGACAUGACGACAUUCCGCAGUGCCUAGACACACUUGGGACCCCUGAAAAAUCCGGAUGUGGCUUUUUAUUAAAUUUGGAAGGGGUGGUAUCAGAACUACGUUAUACCAAAUACUUCGUGCGUCGUGUUCACAGUUAACUAUUUGGAUAGGUAGAAUAGGUGGAAGAUUAAUUUCAUUUACACUUGUUGAAUCUCGUAAAGGACGAUGUUGUACCUAUUUUACACCUAUAUUUUCACAGUUAAUUGAACAUAUUUUUAAGCAACAGUAGUUUUGGUCAACUCUCUCUUUAUGGUAGACUUCAGAAGCAUGAAAAUGCAUUUCUACAGGAAGCUGUGUGGUUGUUUUUUAAAAAAUACUUUUAUGUCUACUAGAAGCAGUUCCUUAAUAUGGAGUAGCCGGUUAGCCAUUUUUCUGUUUUAGAGGAGUUCUGCCAGAUUUUAUUUAGUAACGACAGAUGCAAUUAGAAUGAUCCUCAGACUAUGAUUAAGGCAACAAACAGGCACCCUGUAAGUGUAGAACCAGCCACCUUUCAGCAUCUACAUGCAUUGUCUUCACUCUGAAGUUAAUUCAUCAUUUUUUAAUUUUAUUGCAAAGGAUUGUAAUGACUAGUUUCCUAUGGAGUUAAGCCAAGAUCAUGGGCAGUCUACUUUGAAUGUACUUAUGAUUAAUGCAGUGGGAAAUUUUUGUACUAAAAAUGACCAGCUGCUAAAAUUCUAAAUUGAAUUUAAGAAAUUGAGGGCAGAACAUUGAGUCCUAGAAACUAUACUAAUGAUUGUUGAGAUUACCUAGGGGAGCUUUUGAGAAGGUUUUUCUGGGUCCUACUCUAGACAUACAGAAUCAGACUCUGUAGCCAUAGCCCAGAAAUCUCAAUUUUUACAACACUUCCUAGAUGAGUCUGAUGCCUUGCCUAGUUAGAAAAUCACACUUUUAAAGUGAGUAAUGAUGAUACCACAUUUGCUAAAGCAAUAGAUCUUUAGGUUUUGGUUUUCUUCUAUGGAAAGGUCAGACUUCUGGACUCUAAGAGACACAAAAUGUUGCAAUUAGAAGCAUAAUUAGAAGCAGGAGACAGGUUGACAACAGGAGAAGAGUCACGGAACCAAAGGAUUAAAACCAUAAAUGCAUAAGUAUUGACGAAAAACUUGUUAUAAAACUUACCUAUCUAUACUUUAUCAGGAUAUCUAUACUUCAUCAGGAAAGAAGGCACCUUGGGCUUAUCACAAAAAUCAUUUGCAUUCAUAUAGUAAUUUGUAGUAUACAAAUUUUUGGUAUAUCUGGUAUAUAAUGAUAACUCUGUCGGGCUUAAGAAAUACCAAACAGGUGGUAUCAUCUUCGUUUUGAGACUCAGAGUAUGGCCCAGAGCUGCCCUGAUGGAGUCAGGUCUCAAGCAAUAUCUGCCAAUCACCGUCAGCUACCUAGCCUAGGAGACCAGGAUGCUGCCAGACUUAAGUUGUUAGUCUUCCUUCAUCUUUCAAGGUGACAGGGAAAUACAUUGAGAAUAAAUUUUAAAGUAAGAUUUUAAAUGUUAAAAGAACAGCUACAAUACUUAAAUGGGGAAAUUUUUCUGGAAAAUACAAGUUGAAACACCUCAUUCUCAAAAGGAUUAUGUAAGCUUAACAAUUCUACACAAAUUUGUAAAUGGGAAGGGAUGUUAAAGGGCUGUUAGCCCGGGAUCCUCAGGUAAGAGAGGAGGAUCUUGAGGUGCCAGGUGUGUGGGGUUUGUCCAGGGCUGAUUAGCUAAUGUGACCGAACAUUGGGAAAAGAUCUUUGACCUAUUACUCCUUAAUUAUGCAUUUUAUGAGAAACAAUAGGAUAUGCCAGUGGAUGAUUUGUAUUAGUUCAAUGUGUUACAAUUUUUUAGCUUAAAAUUACACUUUUCUUGUAGUGAUGAAAUAUUUUAAAAUCCUCUGAAUCAAAGCUUCCCUUUCUUUCCUAAAUGAAACAUUUGUACAACUGACAUAAACUUGAUAUUUUUAUGAAACAACCCUCCCCCCAACACACACAAAGUGAAAAUUUCUCUCUUUAAGAGGUGAGAAGUGGUGUUUUCAAAGGAGAAGUGAAAUCUUUUCCUUUUUAGCUUCUUUUUAAGGUAUAAUGAUUUUUUACUUUGUUACUGUGGUUAAGGGACAGAAAAUAACAUACAAAAGUAUUUGGGGAGGGGGAUGCUUUCUCCUAGUUGGUUUUAAAUUACUGUGCUACCUGAGAAGUUUUUUAGAGUCUUACACUCUGUUUCCCACCAGCAUUUAGUAUGAUGCUAUGUAGAUUUUAAAAAUAUACUGAAGGGUAAGAAGUGAUACUAAAUGAUUUUUUGUAACCUGGGCAUUUAAUGAGUGUGCCAACAUUUUUUAGAAAGAAUCACAAAAAAAUAUCCUGCCCUAUAAUUAAAAUAUCAGCUGGCUUUAGAUGUCUUCAUACUUAUUAGUAAUCACUUUCUUGCACUGUGAAGUUUUUACAUGAAGAUGUUGAAGUGGCAGUCUACCCUAUUAUUUUUUAUAAAAUGAUUUGUGUAUGGCAAUAAAUUGAAAACAUGGAUCAACUCUUAACCUGAAAAUAAAGUGACCCAAUUUAGGUUUUUAAAAAUAUACUUGUUUUAAAAAUAAAGGUCUCUUUCAUCAUCAAGAGUCAGCAUUUUGUAAAUAUACAAGAAGUCGCAGGUAGCUGGCUCAUACUGCCCCUCACUACACUUGGUAGAGGGAGUGUUUUGAACUGAGAUUUCCAAUGUGUGUAUUCUGAUGGCAAGAGCAAGUGGUAGCGUUCGUAUGGAUUGAGUCAUGCUAGAUUUCCAUUAUCCGCACAUCUACAGAUGACUAACUUACUACGUAAACAAACAUUUUCCACCAUGUGAUUUUUUAAGAGGUUAUAUGAGUGUACACUUUCAAUAACUUUUCACAGCAUAAGUGUAUAGGAAAAGGCUUAAUUUAACCAGCAUUGCCCUCUGUACCAGCUGUAAGUCAGAAUUAAACUCCUUUAAUCCAAGAUAGGUCCCUGUCCCAUUCCUGAUUGAUGGGAUAUGACCAUCAAUUGUCCCUUCAUUGUUGAAACCAACAAGUUCCAUAAUAGGACUGUGUAAGUAAAGACCAGGGGAAAGACUUACUAGUGUUAUGGGCCCUUUGUGGCCUUGUGAGCAGCCAGUCAGAGAGGAAGCCAAAAAACAAGUCAAACAACUUCAACUUGUACCUUCAAUUUCUGUGCCAUAACUGUGAAGUUUUAACAGGUGAGUAAUGAGAGUUGUGUUAUGCUGGUUUGCCAACAGCUUUUCUUGAAGAAACUUUUUUUCAGCAUACUGUAUAUGAUUAAUUUCUGGCCCCCCAAAUGACUUUUCUUAUAGUUAAACCCAGUGCACUUGAAAAAAUGUGGUGUGAAGGACUUUUUAUAUAUCGAAAAAGAACACACCACUGGUUUGCUUGGUCCUGGCAUUCUACUGCACCUUUUGUUCUACUGCACAUUUGGAGAGAAUUAGGCAUAUCAUACCACACGCUCUGCACAUUCCUUCAGCAGUCAUUAACCAUAGGCUUCUAACAGUAAGAGACAAGAAUGCCAGUUUUUGAAAAUUGUAUAACAUGAGAUUUAGUCUGUAUUCAUAUAUGCAUGUGCUUAUCAAAUAGUAAACAAUAUAUUAUCAUCAUUAUUAUUACUAUUAACACUUUUCCUCACUGGUGCCAAUAUCAUAAUUAGUCCAACUAUAUUAUGUUCAGAACGGAGGUUCCAUUUUAGUGGAGUUUGGAAUGUGUAUCUUAAGUCCCUUCAUCCUGGGGCAAGAUUGCCAGUUUUUGCGGCAAAACUUGUCUUUUCUUGUCUUGGAAAAGCUGUUAUUUAUACUGAGGAAUAGUGGCAGCUAUCUUUUACUUUGUUAGGAGAUUUUUAAGCAAAACUAUACAAUGUUCAUCCCAGUAAGGUCAACCAGAGAGCUUCCAUUUGAAUGUUGCAUUCACUCAGUUAUUUUCUGCAAGUGUAUGAGUCAAGACAAAUCAAGACAAUGUGCUACAGUUGUCACAAAGAAUAUUGUCAGUGCUUCAAAACUAUAAAAUUCCCAUACCACAAAAAAUUUCAGGCCAAUAUCACUGAUGAACAUAGACACAAAAGUAAAAUACUAGCCAAUAAAAGCCAACAAUGGAUUAAAAGGGUCAUACACCAUGAUCAAGUGGGCUUUAUCCCAAGUGUGCAAGAAUUCUUCAAUACCCGCAAAUGAAUCAGUAUGAUACACCACAUCAACAAACUGGAAGAACUAAAACCAUAUGAUCGUCUCAGUAGAUGCAGGAAAAUUUCCCCCAAUUCAACACCCAUCUAUGAUAAAAGUCCAGAACAUGGACAUUGAGGGAGCAUACCUCAACAUGAUAAAGAACAUAUACGAAAAACCCACGGCUAACAUCAUUCUCAGUGAGUGGUGCAAAGCUAAAAGCAUAUCCUCUGAGAUCAGGAACAAGACAAGAAGGUCCGCUGUUGCCAUUUUUAUUCAACCUAGUUUUGGAAGUCCUAGCCACAGCAAUCAGGAAAAGAAAGAAAGAGACUCCAAAGUGGAAAAGAAGUAAAACUCUCAAUUUUCAUAGAUGACAUGAUGGUAUACAUAGAAAAUUCUAAAGAUGCUACCAGGAAACUAUUAGAGCUCAUCAAUGAAUCUGUUUGAUAAAGCCAACCCUCUCUAGCUGUGGAGUGGCAAAUUAAAUUCUGGAGAAAAAGUUCCCUUUCAUCUCAAAAGGGACCCUCAGUGACCAACAAAAUAACCAGUAGGAACAAUUAGUAGUUUGUCUGGUGAUAGUUCAUUUUCUGUGGUGCACAGUUGACCUUGAUUAUUGUUACUGGGUCCCAAUAUGUCUUCACAAGGACUUAGUUAGCCAAUGGGAAGGUAGAGCUAAGUCCUUGUAAGCAAUGCCCGUCAAACUUUAAUGGACACGUGAAUCACCUGGAAAUCUUGGGAAAACAGAUUCUCAUUCAGCAGCUCUGCAAUGAAGUCUGAGAUUCUACAUUUCUAACGAGCUUCUAGGUAAUACUGAUGCUGCUGAUCCACAGACCACACUUUUAAUAGCAACAGUUUUAAAGCCUGUGGGAUAAACUGCUCAGCAUCCAAAAGGACCAACUGGAGAGGUUAAACUGGUUGAAGUAUGAGUAGGGAGUCAGAUAUAGCUAGUAAUUUGAUUCUUAGAGUGUUAAGAAGGACUAGGAGUAAUCUAUUCCUGAUAUCUGGAGUACUUAGUGGGGUAUACCCAUGAACUUGAAGUCCUAUUUCUAUUUGUUAACUUAUUUUUGGUGAAAUCUCAGUUUUAAGGAUCUUACCCAGUGGAACAUGUAAGUAAUGAAAGUCCCAGUUAAUGCAAGGAAGUGAGUCUCGUGUGUAAUGUUUAUCUUCAUAUCCGUUUCAUAGGAGGGUCAUGGACCCUAUAGGAGAUAACAGGAAAUAAUAGCAACUCCACUAGCAUCCCGUUGUCUUCUGGUGGUGGUAAGCAUGGACCCAAUCCUUAAAGCUGUGGCACUUUUCAGCAAUGAUGGGGCAAAGAGAACUUGGGAUGGCCCCUUAAGCAAGGUCCAAGUGAUAGUUUCUCUGGUGAACCUAGAUGGUGGUUCAGUCUCCAGGAUGUGUGUCCUGGAAUAACACAUCAAGGUCAGCUAAUAAUACCUCAUAUCUGUAACUGGAGCACUUCAUUAGUGUUUUGCAAUAAUGCAGCAGAUGAUUGCAAUGAGUUAGCAUAAUCAAAUACAUGACUAUCCUGUAAGUCGUUAACUGCUAAGGGUAUAGUAAAGGAGAUUUUGUUUAUAAUUUGGUUAGAAAACUGAUGCUCUUGUCACUGUUAAUGGGAAAAGAUAUUAAAAUCAGUAUCUGGAAAAUUCA